CACCCAUUCCGCAACCUCACACGAGCUGCCAACGCCAGUCUCUGGGAGCCAUUCGCGGUUCCGGCCAUGGCUCCUUGCGGCCGCACCAGCCGAGUCUCAUAUCCCGAGGUCCCUUGACUAUCCGGCGAUGGCGCACCGAACGAUGAAGCCGAAAUUGGCGGUGCGCCGGCCGCGGAUCCUGCGCUCGCUGCUCUCGCGAUCGACCCUCCAGAAGCUCGCCCUCGCCUUCUUCGUCUGGAACAUUAUCGAAGCCCAUCUCAGCUACUACCGCAUCGCGCGCGCCGAACAAGAAUCCAAAGCACAGGCUGUGCUCCGUGAGCCCAUCCGGGUCUAUAUCGCGAGUCUGCACUGGAACAACGAGAAGAUCCUCCGGUCGGAUUGGAACCAGGGCGUGGUCGACUUGGUCAAGGCCCUCGGUCCCGAGAACACCUUCGUCAGCGUCUACGAAAGCGGCAGUUGGGAUAACUCGAAGGAUGCCCUGCGCGAGCUCGACCGAGAGCUUGAGAAAACCGGUGUCGGCAAGAAAAUCGUGUUGGACGAUGCGACCCAUGCGGAUCUGAUCAGCAAGCCGCCAAGCGACGGCGAAGAGGGAUGGAUCACCAUUCCCGACGGGAGGAAGGCUCUGAGGAGGAUACCUUAUCUCUCUAAUCUGCGAAACCUCUCGCUGCAGCCGCUGCUGGAACUUGCCGAGAACGGCACCACCUUCGACUAUGUUCUCUUCCUGGGCGAUGUCGUCUUUUCCGUCUCCGACGUCAUCGCCUUGCUCAAAACCAACAAGGGCCACUACGCCGCCGCCUGCUCCCUGGACUUCAGCAAGCCACCGCUCUUUUACGACACGUUCGCCCUCCGCGACGCACACGGCCACGUGCACGCCUCCCAAACCUGGCCCUACUUCCGAGCAUCCGCAUCCCGAAACGCCAUGGUCAGCGGCCAACCGGUCCCGGUCACCAGCUGUUGGAACGGCAUCGUCGCCAUGCCGGCCUCGACCUUCACGGGCCUGCGCGGCCUCCGCUUCCGCGGCCUGCCCGACUCGCUGGCCGCCGCCCACCUCGAGGCCUCCGAGUGCUGCCUGAUCCACGCCGACAACCCGGCCUCGCGCUCCCGCGGCGUGUUCCUCAACCCGGCCGUGCGCGUCGGCUACUCGCGCGCCGCCUACGACAGGGUCCAUCCGGAUGGGGAAGGGAUAGGGGAGGGGGAAGGGACGGGGAUGCGGAGCAGCAGCGGCGGCAGCGGCAGCAGCAGCAGGGGCAGGGGGAGGGGGAGGAAAAGUUGGCUCUCGCUGACCGAAAUUUAUCUGGGCUUGUGGAAGAAUCGGCUCGCUAGGUGGUUUACCACGCCCUGGUUUGAGGAGAGGGAGGUGAAGGGGCGGGUGAGGAGGUGGGUUCAGGCUGGGGAAGGGAGGGAGGAAAGGGGGACGUUUUGUGCGGUGGAUGAGAUGCAGGUUCUGGUACAUAACGGGUGGAAGCAUCUGUAGCAAUACUCGCUUUGGGGUUUUUUGGGUUGGGACUUCGUGUGUUUAGAUGCUGCCGGCGUUAGCUUUCGUCAUCCCGGUCUGUAGAACAGGUCGUCAUUUUGGGCAUUUGUUCGGAUAGAGCUUUGGAUGUUGGGCAAAGGCACGACUGGUCUCAUGUCCCGCCGUCUUCACCACGGGGCAAGCGUAUUGAGAAGAAAUCAGGCAUUCAUCUGCGGGCCAAUCGGCCAUGGUAUGUGCGUGUACUCUACAUAUGAAGAGGAACGAAAAGCAAGCUCCCAUCCCAAACUCCGAGUCAUCCGUAAAACGUGGCUCAUGGGAAUCCGAUCUGAGUGCCAACCGUGGCUGGGUA